GGGAACCAAGGAAGGAAGCCUCCCCCCUUUCUGCCUACCCACAGGCCACCGCUUCUUAGUAGUCUCUUCGUAACUCUCCUCAACACGUAUUCUCUCACGCUUAUAAAACUCACACUAAUCAUCUUUCAGCUUCUUAUACCCCAGUCAAAGACCAAGAAGUGAUAUAUGGCAUCUCCUACUGGUGCACUUUCGACCAUCUUGUUUGCCUGCCUUGUAGUUGUAACAGGGAUAAUACUUGCCGAGUCCACGAACUUGACCAUUAUAAACGGCUGCAACGAAACCAUAUGGCCCGGUAUAACACCAAACGACAAUUCAGCACCAGAUACCAACAUCAGCGGAGGUGGUUUUCAAUUGAAGCCUGACCAAUCCGUUGUAUUUUCAGCUCCACCUGGAUGGAAUGGCAGAAUAUGGGGAAGAACCGGGUGCGACUUUGACAAAGAUGGCAGUGGUAAAUGCGAAACUGGUGACUGCGGAAGCACCCUAAAAUGCAAAACUCCGGGGCAACCGCCUGCUUCAAUUGCCCAAUUUGCCUUCGGUAACCUUGAUUAUUAUGAUGUUAGCCUUGUCGAUGGCUUCAACUUGCCAAUCACGGUAAAACCAAUAUCCGGAAAAGGAAAUUGCAGCACCGCAGGUUGCGACAGUGACCUCAGGCCCCAUUGUCCACCGGAGCUUGCAGUCAAUUCCAGUGGGAAAUCUAUCGCCUGCAACAGUGCUUGUAAUGUGUUCAACACAGACGAGUACUGUUGCAGAGGAGCAUUCUCAACUCCCCUCACCUGCGUGCCAACAAAUUAUUCGAGGACGUUCAAGACCGCAUGCCCUGCAGCUUAUAGCUAUGCCUACGAUGACCCCUCCAGUAUCAUCACCUGUUCUGCUACAGACUAUGUAGUCACAUUUUGCUCGUCAACGAAUCAAACACGGUGCACAUAUCAUGACAGGACGCUUACCUGUAAUGAAGCAAAGGGUCCAACCACAUUUUCUCUUGUGGGGAACAUGCUGCUGCUAGCUUUACCAACCGUAUUGAACCUAGGAUCUAUGUUUUGAUAGAUAAUCUUAGUGCAGGACAAAUUUUGGCAAUGGAAUGUUGUUCCCCUUUAUCAUGUACUUAAUUCCUUUUUGCUAUAGUGGUGAUUUUACGUUUAGUGCC